UUGAAGUUGACUUCAAUUUUAUUGGUUUUGGUGCUUAGAAAAUUGAGGUUAGUGAGGUGAUGAUACCUAAACAAAAUAAAAAGUGUCAAGCAUGGGUCUAACUAAACAAUAUCUGCGGUACGCCCCGACCGGCUCUUUUAAUAUUAUUGCAAGUGCAGACUGUAAUAGCACACAUGUAACAUUGAAUGGUAUUAGUGGUAGAUACAUCGCUGUUGGAGCAUGUGAACAUGUUAUUAUUUGGGACAUGAAACUUGGUGAAAAGGCACAAGUGUUGCCUGGAGAGAAUGUAGUUGUAACACAACUUGCCGCAAGUCCUACUGGAAACCACAUGGCCGUUGGUUUGUUUGAUGGAAAUAUUAAUGUAUUUGAACUCACCAACAAUGAAGUAGUUUGUGUAUUUGCUGGGCACAAAUCUGCUAUUACUUGCUUGCAGUUUGAUGACCAUGGACACCGUUUGGUAUCUGGAUCAAAGGACACAGAAGUAAUUCUUUGGGAUGUGAUAUCAGAAACAGGUAAAGUAAGGUUCAGUGGCCACAAAGGUGUUAUCACAAGUGUGUCAUUUAUAAAUGGAAAAAACUGCAUUGUGACUUCAUCAAAAGACACAUUUGUCAAGUUUUGGGAUAUUGAGACUAAACAUUGCUUCAAGACACUUGGAGGGCAUCAGAUGGAGGUGUGGGCUGCAGUGCUCUUAAAAGAGGAGAGGUACUUAGUAACAGGAAGUAUGGACCAAGAGCUUAGAGUAUGGAAAUUAAACUGGACUGAGGAUGUAAAAGACGAGGAUAAACUAAAACAUCAACUUGAAAUAGUCAAACUAGAAGAAACUGACGAAAUCGAAGAGAGCUCUGUUUUACAAUGUCAUCAAGUUGGAACAUUAGUAAGAGGUGGUAAAGGAAGAGUUGUGGGUAUUGCAACGGACCCAGGGCAGACUGUAUUAGCUUGUUAUGGAACCGAUUCCCUUCUCGAACUUUUUGCUUUCUGCUCAGAUGAACAGGCUAAAAUGAGAAUGGAUAAACGAAUAAAGAAGCGACGAAAAAAAUUAGCUAAACUUAAAGAAACUGGUGAAGUGGACCCGGAAAUUACAGAGAUACCCCAAAUAUUAACACUAUCAGAUGAAGUGAGAAGGUUGACUUCAGUUAAGGUGAAUUCCAAGUUAAAGUCUGCAACGUUGUUGCUGGGUACCACAGGGGAGGUGCGUGUUGGUAUUACACUGGCUAACAAUACAGUUGAACUGCAUAGUUUGAAACUAGAAGAUGGAGAUGAAGUGCGGUGCUUAAAACAAAUAACUCAGCCUGGUCAUCAAAAGGACCCCAGAUGUGUAGUGAUCAGUUCAGAUAACUUAGCAAUACUGUCUGCAUCAGCAGAUUCCAUCAAACUCUGGAAUAGAUCUAGUCAGACGUGCGUCCGCACGAUGGAGGUGCCGUGCGGGCGGCCGCUGUGCGCCGCGCUGGCCCCGGGCGACCGCCACGCGCUGGUGGGGUGUGCGGGGGGGGCGCUGCUGGUGCUGGACGUGGCGGCCGGACGACUCCUCGAGACCAUACCCGCGCACACCGACAACUGCACCGCCCUCGGACUCACUCCGGAUCUGAGAGGUUGCUACACGGGUGGAGCCGACAAAACUGUAAAGCUAUGGCAGUUUGAAUUAAUAAAUGAUCCAAUAGUCGAAGCCAAAGGAAAGGUUUUAUCAUUACUUCAUACUAGAACACUGAAAUUGGAAGAGCAAGUGUCGGCUGUAAAAAUCAGUCCCAACAACAAAUUCAUCGCGGUCGCCUUAUUGGACUGUACUGUUAAAAUAUUUUUCCUUGAUACAUUUAAGUUCUACCUUUCUCUUUACGGGCACAAGCUGCCAGUGCUCUGUCUGGACAUAAGCUACGAUUCGAACCUCAUAGCGACGGGCUCGGCGGACCGCAACGUCAAGACGUGGGGCAUGGACUUCGGCGACUGUCACAAGUCGAUAUUCGCGCACAACGAUUCCAUAACCGCGCUGCAGUUCGUGCCCAACACGCACUACUUCUUCACGGGCUCGAAGGACGGGAAGAUCAAGCAGUGGGACGCCGACACCUCCGAGAAUAUCAUCACGCUGAAUGGCCACGCGGGCGCGUGCCACGGCGUGUGCGUGGGCGCGGGCGGGCUGCACGCGGCGUCGUGCGGCACGGACGGCGCCGUGCGGCUGUGGGCGCGCACGGACGAGCCGCUCGUGCUCGGGGACACCGACGAGCGCGACGAGGGACUCGCCACCGGAGAACAACAUGCACCCGUACCUGGUUUACCGGGUCUUCAAAUGCCAACUAAGAAAACUAUAGGCGCUGAGAAAGCUGCGGAUUCGAUCAUGGAAUGCUUGUCAGUCGGCGCUGAAUACAAGCGCGAGCUAUCCGAAGCUCGGGGUCAGUUCGUUCAGCCGCCCCUCCUGAUGGCUGCCUUCAACUGCACCACACCCGAGGACUUCUUCGUCGAGACCGUCAAGAGAGUCAGAUCCAGUGAUUUAGAAGAAGCCCUGCUGCUGAUACCGUUCAGCGCGGCGUGCGACAUAGUGCGCGUGCUGCCGACGCUGUUGGAGCGCGGCGACCACACGGAGCUGUACUGCAGGGUGGCGCUCUUCCUCCUCAAGAUACAUCACGCGCCCCUCGUCGCCAACAAGGCUCUGUUAAAGCACAUCAUUCAAAUACAAGCGAAGGCCUCAAUCAAAUUAAAUGAAUUGAGGGAUAUGGUUGGAUAUAACCUACACGCUCUACAGUGGAUGAAGCGAGACAUCGAGGCGGCCGAAAGCGUGCAGUUGUUCAGAGAGGCGACCCAAAUGAGAGUCAACAAAGACAAGCGUCGCAGAACCCGGCAAGCCCUCAAGAGGCCCAUUUUUACUGUUACGUGAUCAUGAUAAUGUAACAUAAAACUGGAGUUUUAAAUAAUUGAAAUAAAUAAAUAAAUAUACAGUUUUAAGUCCGUAGUUGGAAAAGUCCCUAGGGUACCAACGAUUAGAUAGGAAAAGGAAAAUAGCCACGUACAUAAAUGUACAUUUAUCCUAUGUUAUCAAAGAAAUAGGAAGUUGUAACUGAGUCGACUAUUAUCAAAGCCGGCAAUGUGACUUUUGGAUAAUUAUUGGUAAAUCAGAAAAACGAAUUAUUGACUUUGUAUUCCAUUGGCAGUCACA